AACUUAUUCCGAGCCGCGAGCCUUGCGGGAUGCCGUUUUGCCAUGGCGCGAAAUGGCAGGACACGCUGAGAUACCCAGGGUGGCCUGGUCCUUUUGGGACAAGGGCCUCAGGGACCUCAGCGAGUUCCGGCUUUUGUGCAUUGAGACAUGGAGGUCCAUGAACCCUGGCUGGGUGAUUCAGGUGCUGGAUGCGAGGUCUGUCUGGGACUUCCUGCAGCCAAGUGACCUGCCGAAGCAGUGGGAGGACAUGUACGUCGCGUUUCAAUCCGAUGCUGUGCGGCUUGCUCUGUUACAGAGGUACGGAGGGCUGUGGAUCGACCCAGCCACGAUCUGCCUUCGACCCUUUGAGACCUGGAUCUGUGGACGGGAAGGACUGGCCGCGUUCUACUUCUCUUCCUGGGGCACGGAGAUGGGCAAGAGUGCGGAGUAUGUGGAGAACUGGGUGCUGGCCUGCCGUCGAGGGCAUCCCAUGAUUGCGCGGUGGAAGGAGCUGUUCAACGGCUAUUGGGACAGCAUCCGGGCUCGGAAGGGCAGCCUGGAUCCCUUGUUCCUGCCGGACCAUCCCAUGUUCUGCAAGGUGGACUUGUCCCACAUGCAGCGCUUCGGCCACGACAUGCGGUCCUACCUUGUGAUGCACUCAUGCUUCAAGAAGAUGAUUGAUGAGGAGCCAGAAAUGAGGCGCGUGUGGCAGGAGGAGAUGGUGCUGCUUCGCGCAGAUGAGCAUGCCUUAUGGCAUAUGGAUGAGCCUGAUGUGUGCUGGCAGCCGGAAGCAGCACUCAGGAAGUGGCUUGGUAAAGGAAAUGCUGCAUGGGAAGAUCACGUCAUCAAGCACUGCCCAGUACUGAAGUUCACCCGGACCUUCGCCCAACUCUUGGACCGCGAGCCGCGCCAGAGGUUCCUGAUGCCAAUCCCCGGAAGACCGGGCGAGUACCAGGCCUGCUGCCUGCUGGGCGCCGCCUUUUGUGCGGCUCUGGCUUUCGAGCCCGUGGAGCAUAUGCCAUCCAUCCUGCAGCGGCAGGAGGCAGGAGAUGAAUUGUCUGAGAGCUGUGUGCUGGACGUGCGGAAUGGGUAUGGCCGACGGAUGGCCCAGGGCACAGGCGCCGAAUUUUCCGCGAAGGCCAUUGGGCCGCAAGACAGGAACCAGAAAGGGGUUUCGGGCAACCGCCGGAACACCAACAGGCCAUCGAUCAGGCUGGCAGCCGGGUGCCCAGAGGCUGCAGCUGUGCGGGAGAUGACAAUGCCUCUCAGCGGACUUCUGCCUUGCGCUUCCCUGCUUCUCAUCUGGCCGUAUCCAACCUGUGACCAGCCACUGGGCACCUUCCAGAGGUUUAUGCUAAGCUUCAGCUGUUACCCGCAGAACUCUCCUCCGGGCAUGAGCCACGGUGCCCUUGGUUCGGAAUGCCUCACAGCCUUAGCAGCGGAGUUUAUCGAGGAGGUGGCCGCCAGAGACCUCUCCGAAGCGGUGGGGGAGAUCUGUGCGCAGCACCUGCUCAGCAGGGUGCAAAGGGUCUAUUCAGCACUGGGUGGGUAUUCCAAUCAGGAGCUCGCAGACGCUGUCGAAACCUUGGCCAGAGAUUGCGUCACGCUGCCCGAGUGGGUGGAGCGAGACUUCGAGCAGGAGCAGACCUCCGAGGAUUUCUGCUGGGCCUUCGGCCCCGCAGCGGCUGAGGCAGCUGCUGCAGCUGCUGCCGCGGUGGCGGGCCUGGCAGAGCUGCCUGGCAAGCCGGGGAUGCUGGACGACGCCCAGCUCGUGAUGAGCGUGCUGGAGGCUUUCGCUCUGGACUUGGACUGUCUCACAGCCUACAUCUAUGGCGGGUUAUGCCGAACGGACAAAGAAUCUGGAGGCAAUCCCGACGAUUCCUGGGAACGUAUCACACGGUCUUUGCGUGCGAUCACUUGCUGGACGGUAGCGGCACUGGGAAGGACUGCAGGCUACGAGCGCGUCUCCUCGGAGGUGCUGUGGGAGCUGGCCGGCGGUGACACCUUAUGGGCCGCGCUGCUCCUUCGGGGCGCGCUGGACGCUCAGCCGGCGCCGCCGCAGGUCUCGGCGAGCCGAAGAAUUCUGGCGGCGCCCAAGGAGCUGCCUGUCUUGCAGCAGCAUCUUGUGAAAGCCUUCCUGGGCUUGCACACGCCGGAUGUGGCCUUUGAGGUGUCAGAGGAGGAUGUCGCCAUCAGCGAGCGCAGCGUGCAGCUGACCAAGCACAGGCGGCAGCUGGGCGAGGAUGUGGCCCAGGUGAAGCUAUUGCCGCCUUUGCUGCGCAGCAGUGAGGCCUUUGGCCUUCAGCCGGAGCUCGCGGCCUUCUUGGCCGCGGUCUCUGCGAGCUCGGAGGCCCUCCGCGGCAGCCUGCAGCCAUGCGCGGAGCUUUGGCGGCAUCUCUCGCGAGCAGAGGCCGAGUGCCUCCCCAGCUUCCGCACCUUCCUGUGCGACUGCGCGCAGAUUGCGCUGCGGAUGGAGGCGGCUUGUGCGCCCUGCAGUGAGCUGAUCAACAAGCUGCUGCAGCUCUCUGCUGAGCCACCGAGCCUUGCAACUCUGGCGGUCGCCGGCGUAUUGGCCACCAACGCGCAGCUGGCGGUCCAGGACGUCCCGUUGCUGGCCUCUUCCCUCGCGGCCCUCAGCCCGGAGCAACGCGCGGAGACGGCGUCGCUGGCCUCACGCACUGCGAUGCGCAGCGGCAGUUGGCUGAUGAGUUCUGCGACUCCUUCAGCGCCGGAGGCGCCGGCCGAGAAGCCCUUGCCUGAGCCACCCGGGCGCUUGCGGCAGGUGUUGCAGGAUGCUCCAAGACAGCUGCGGUGCGCCAUCGAUGGGCGCCUCACCUUGGACCCCGUGAGGUCGCCCAGUGGCUUCCUCUACGAGCGGGCGGUCUUGGCGGAGCUUCUGGCGCGGAACGGGAACCUCUGCCCCGUCACAGGCGUGGCUCUAGCGCUGAGCAGCUGCCGUCGGGACCCGGAGGCGCGCAAGGAGGCGCUGGCCUGGGUGAGAGCGCAGCAUUCUCGUCCGCGAAGGUUGCAGUGAUUUGCAUUUGCAGCGGCCAAAAAGAGACUCACCGCAGCGAGGGUUUGCAUGAUUUUUGCCGCACGCGAG